UCAAGACUGCCACCUAGUGGUGGAUCCUGAAAAUCCAUGUAAACAACUUAAAACAACGUGAUUUUCCUUCAGUAUUUAAAAAAAUAAUUUAAGCACAUAAUGGUAAGCGAAAUUGAAUCAAGCGAUACUGAUUAUCAAGGAAAUCAAGCCUCUGAAGCGGAAGAAGUUAACCAGGGGUUCCAGCUAUGCCCUGAAGAUAAAGUUACAGCACAAACAAAAAUCGAGAGUGCUAGUCUGUCUACAGCGGUUCUCGCCAAGCAAAAAUCAGAAGGUGUUCCUAGUGGAUUCACUUGCGAACAUUGUGGGACAAGCUUCAGGAAGCGGGACCAUUUUGAUCGACAUAAUUAUACCCAUACAGGAGUGAAGGAAUAUCGCUGUACGGAACUCGGUUGUGGCAAGGAAUACACCAACCGGACCCAUUUGAAUCGUCAUAUUCGUACUAAUCAUGCAAAGAAGCCAAUACCGGACGCAGACAGAUUUACAUGCGAGCAUCCCACCUGUAGAAAAUCCUUUGCCACGUACCAAAGUAUGAAAAGGCAUUACGAUAUUAAGCAUGUCCUUGGUAAAAGCUGGUCCUGUGCGGAGUGCGGUGAAAAGUUUUGGAGGAAACUGCAGCUCAAGCAGCAUGUUGUUCGACACACUGGCCAGUAUCCGCAUAGGUGUAAUAUCUGCGAUAAAGGUUUCAUCAACGCUAUUUCCCUCCGGAACCACAGAUACACUCAUGCCCUGCAUAAAUGUGCUGAUUGUUUGAAAGAAUUCGUUCGUUGGACGGAUUUGGUGGCGCACCGAAGACUCCACCAUGUUAGUUUUCAUCACUGCUCAGAUUGCGAACGUAAGUUUCCUUCGAAGCGAUUGCUACACGAGCAUCAGAGAAUGCAUCAAAGAAAAAGAGACGAGGAGUUGGAAGUCUUCCAGUGUACUUAUGAAAAUUGUCCAAAGUUCUACGAACACGAGCGUAACCUACUGGCACACAUUAAAGCCAAGCAUGAAGGAGCUCCUAAGUAUGUCUGUACCGAACCAAAAUGUGGAAAAGCUUUGGCAAGUAGUCAAAAACUGGAACAACAUCAAAAACUGCACGAAUCAGCCGCUCGCAGCGUUGCCCGUAUGAAAGCUCCCUCAACGAGUAAAGCUCCGGCCAGACGGAAAGACGCCGGAAAGCCGAAGCGUUCAACGGCCUGCCGGCUGGCAAAGAUACAGUUGGAUCCUUCGGCUGAGAAAAUCUUGAUAGAAAAAAGUCCGGAACAUCGUCCAUCGAUCGAGCUGGAUGUUUCCAGCUCGGCACUAGACUCGGCCUCAGAAUCGGAAGCCGAGUCCAAAGUCAAACUGGGUGCCAUCGUUUCGAAUCAGCUGGAAGCAAUCAGGAAACGAAUACGGCUACUGCAAAAGCAACAAACCGCCCCUGUUGUCGCAGUAACCGCAGAGACCCAGGAUGUCGUUUAAUGUAGGUUUAAUUGUAAAGUUUGUGGAGUGGGUCAAUAAAUU